CAAAUUAUAAAAAAGUAAACUAAAUUUUCUAUCAAAAAAGGAAUUAAAAAUAAUCUAAUUUCAGAAAUUAGAUAAAAUAGCAAUUUUGUUAUUUUUAGGAUAGCAAUCAAAUAGUUAUUAAUCAUGGAGGGACUUGAAGAACUGGAAGAUGAUCUUAAUAAACUUAAAAGAGAAUCUAAUUAAAGAUCUGCAUUAGCAAUAGCUUUUCUUGCAAUAUGGAUAUAUUUGUUUACAACCUAAAAUUUUGAGGCAUAGAUAUUUGUCUAAGGAUUUUUAUCAGGGAUGAAUAUUGCUUAAAUAUGUACAAGUUGUCUAAUUUAAAUGAUAUUUUUACUAACGAAGAGGAAAAUACAGUGCUUCACUUUAUUCAAAUGCUUUUCAUUCUGCUUAGGAUUACUAACAUUAAUUGAUUUUAUUUUAAUUAUCAUUACUGUUAUCUUCUAAAGUGACCCUUUCAAUUAAAAAUACUAAUUUUCAUACUCAAUUUUAGGAUUUAUGUUCCUUACAGUACUAACCAUUUGGAUAUAAUCAGAUUACGAGUAUAAAAUUAUUAAGCUUUAAAUAAGAAUGGUUUUAAUAUAAAAUGAGAUAAUAAGAAAUCUUCUUCAAGAUUACUUGAUUAAUUAAAAUAAUCGUUAAGACGAAGAGAACAUUUAAUAAAGAGUUGAAAGAAUUUAGAGCAUUGACCCAAGUUAAAUUGAUCCUGUUUAUGGUAACAUAUGUACAAUUUGCAAUGAUGAAUGUGGUCUAUAAGAAAAAGCAGUUUAGCUUAAAUGUCUUCAUAUUUUCCAUGGUGAGUGUAUACGCAAAUGGUUGCUUUAAUAAAGGUAUUGUCCUAAUUGUAGAGAUUAAGUAUUUUGA